AUUCAUUCGAAUUGGGGCCGUUGGAAGCAGCUGUCACAAUGCCUUCAAUCAACAUAGUUACAGUCGUUGUAAUAUUCUGCUACUUGCUAUCGCUUGCAGCCAGUCACGGUCCGCCUAAAGAGCGAGAUCAAGAAGACAUCGCCAUGGGAAAAAAGCAUGGUGCCAAGUGGUGCAGCAUGGCAAAGGUGUGCAACCACGACCGCGUGCCGGUGUGCGGCGUCAGCCACGCCGGCGACAUCAUCGGCUUCCGCGACCUCUGCGACAUGUUCGACUUCAACUGCAUCAGGAAGCGGAACUACAAGCAAACUAGCUGUCCUGCUGACAGGAACUUCCUGACCGCAUCCAGAAAGCCUACCAACAUUUAUUUCGAUGAAUAACAUUAUUUUAAUCUAAUAUUUAUUAUAUUUAUAAU